CCUCAGAGCAAAAAUAAAAAAAAUCUCUGUUCUCCCGUUCGUCUCGCUCUAGAUCAGCCUGGGCUCUAAGAAAAGAGGCUCAGGGCUGAGGCCUGGUAAUACCCUUCAUUAAAGACGGGAGAAUUGUCGAAAUACAUUAUAUUUUUAUCUGGAAACAAUGUGAUAUGGAUUAUUUUUCGAGCUAAUUUAGAAACACAUUGUUUUGUCGUUUUUUUCUCCUUUGUAUUUUUGGAUCGCUGGGACUUUGUAACAAGCCUCGGACCCGCCUGCGAGUGAUGGCCGGCCAGCGGACUCGAUUUUCCGCACGCCCUACAGGAAAACCUGGGAGAAGCCUUAAGUGGUUUUUUUAACGUUUGCUUCUUCAACUGUUUUCACAAUUUUUACACACAGGUGUUCUGUAUGUGAUUUUAUAUGAUAUUAGAUUGUCAGAUAGUCUUGACGUUUUUAAUAAUUUUGUUAAAAUGUUAAACAUUGUCGUAGGCCACGUUUCAAAAGCACUCUGAAAUGCCGUAAUUUUGGCGGUUAAGCAAGUAACAUUAACGUUAGUUCGCUAUUUAUUUAAUUGAUGCUUAACUUGAAUUACGUAAAGGUGUAGUUUCUAUAACCGAUCUUACAUUUAAAUACCGACGUUAAAAUUGAUUUCUUAGCAUUGCCGCCGGUGAUCUGGUUAUUUUACUACGACGACUACUUUGUCGAUAAGGACGGAUUGUUCUCCGCUGUUUGUCUGUUAACUUAAAUUAUCAACAUUUAACGUGUAACGUUAAUGUCGCUUUGUGGCAAUGUGUGUGUAUAUAUAACGCAUUUAAGAAUUUAUAUGCUCAGAAGAUGUCUUUAUAUAAGCUAAAGUAUCAUGAUGGUUUAACUUAGCUUUGCAUUGAACGUUACGGGACAACACGUUAAGCUAGCUAACUUAUCUGCUUAGCAGUUAGUCAUUGGUUAAUUAAAUCCCUAACUUGAGAGCCAGUUUUUGUGUUAGUGUUAAUGCUGUAGUAGACGAGUGUUGUUUGUAGUGGGGGUAUCUAUUGUAUUAAAACGUUAACUACCUUGCUUGAAGACUAACAUAAAGGCUAUUGUAGCUAGCAUACAGUUUGUCUCCAUUAGUGCCCAACAUGGCGGUGUCUGAUAUGCUUCUUGUUGUGAACGGGAAAGAUGGAGUCCGGAAUAUUCUUGUUGGCUAACUUGGCCGGUAACCUAGCUGCGCAUUUUCAAUAAAAGAAAGUGGAGCUCCGUGACAAAGGACAGACAAUUUGAUCGUUUUAUCUGACUAUGUUUAACGCGAUAGGAUUUCAAGAGCAGAAACAGCUUAAUAGUUUGCUAGACAGUAUUUCAGUAGUCCUGACUCUACGUCGGUGUCGAAGUUGAAGCCAUUUUGCUAGCUAAGUACGUGCAUAGUAGUCUGUUAUUGUAAGGGAAAGCUUAGUUUAGUCUAUAAUACGUUUCACAGCACACUUUGAUUAUGGCAUAGCAGGUAUUCCCCCCCCUUUUACUCAAUCUUUGGAUUACUUAAAGUUAAGCUGUUAUAGUGUAAGUAUUAAUCUUGUCUUCAGGGACUAGGAAAUGCCAUUAGCUUGUUACACAAUAGAUUUAUCCGGUUAACUCUCGUUAGUUGUACCCAAGGGAGGAGAACAAGUACCGUCUGACCGGUGUUGAUGACCAUCUAAAUGUCGAAAAGCAAAACGAUACACUGUUUAUGCAUGUUCCUUUGAGAGCCAUAAAUCUCCAUUGUCUCAUUCAAGCAGUGUUGUGGUAAUUGCAUAAGGAUGCUCAGUUGACCCAUGUCUCAUUUUGUCUAAAGACAUUGAACGAAGUGGAAGUAAAAUCUACACAUUGUUUGAACCACCUCAAUAUCUCAGUACUAUAUCAUAAUGUCAGACUGAUGUAUUGUUUAUUACAUGUAAUGUCCAUGUAACAGUGCCCAAAACAUCUUGUUACAAUUUCUGUAUUUCUCUUUGUUUUAAAUAAAGACACUGAACCAACAUGAUGGACUGUGGUAUUAUUUUAUUCUCUGAUAAUUACACAAAGCUAAUUUUAACAUACCGUAGUCAUGUUAAAAUGUAACAUUCAUGUCAAGCGGGACAGCCUAGUGUUUUAUGUGGUGCUACCUCUCUGCCAUCAUUUCUUUUUGGCAGGUCCAGCAGAAGGAGGCAUCAUUGAAGCCCUGAAGCAAGGAUAGAUGUCCAUAUCUACAGUAUCCUUUAUGGAGUAAAAUAAUGUUAUGUUUUAUGUGAAUAAGCCGGAAACAGAAACCCGUGCAAGCCACGUCUGAAAUGCACAGAAGAAUGUGACAGUAAAUCACUUUGUUCCCCAUGUGCCAUGCUAUACCAUGACUAUACAAAGGAUUCAUUAUUGACCAGCUGGCUCCCUCCUCUGGCUCGUAUUGAGAAUGAUCAGCGGUGCGAAGACAUUGCACAACCACAUUUUCAAUGCGGAAGUGAGUCCCACACGGCUGUCAAUCGUGCUCCCUCUACUGCUCCAAGGAGAUUUCGGGGGCUGGUCAUGGUGUCCGGUGAGAAGGUGUGGGACCCCCUCCAUGCGGGCCCUAUUCAGUCACGUCUGAGUGAACAACACCUGGCUGUUGGGCUAACUUCGCUCUGCAACCUCACACAUAGUGCAACGAAGGACUCCACGUGCCACCAGAGUCGGCGGUUGGCACCCUUGUCUUCCCCGCCACUGUCAUUAGUGGCUGACACCCUUCACCCAGUUCGAGCCUCGUCACCGUCACACCUGCCUAUCAAUUUCUGCGGCUCGGGCAAGAUCGAAGGGCUACACAAACCAGUCCACUGUCUUGGAGUGGCAUCCCAGUCUGAAGAGGAGGAGGAGGAGGAAGGGGAAGCUGAGCAGUUGGAGAUGAAGGGUAAAAGGCAUGGAGGCCGGGGAGAGGCCAUGAUGGAGGAUAGGCUGGAGGACAUGACUGAUGGACCUAAAAAUGCAAAAAUCACCCUAAGCUUCCCACUUAGUGCUGCCCCCCUCCCAGCCUCUCUGACAUCUCCAAACCCCUGUCGUAGCUCCUCCUCAUCCUCCCCUUCCCCUCACCGACGGCGGCCCUCCUCCAAGAGCUCAGAUGAGGCGUCGCUGUGGAAACUGGAUGCUACCAUGGACGUAAAGCACAGACCUUUUAAGCCCCCGAGGCACGACAGCUCUCCGUCCUCUUCACCAUCCUCCUCCUCAUCUCCUAUGACGGUUCAUGCACUUGUCAGGAAGGAUAUAAAAUCCCCGCCUCCUCUGAAGUGCUCCAAACUCAAUCCAGAGACUCAGUUUCACAAGUCGCCCCCAAGAUCCUCCAGCGGGUCUUUAGGGGGCUGCUAUGGUGGCGAUGGAUGGGAUGAGAGGCACAGGCUGGCCAACGGUACAGCCUCACCCUCUCAUACAGCCCAGAUCCUCUUCAGUCUGGGCACGUCAGCCUAUCAGAGAGGUGGGGAUGCAGAGAGGAGAGAGAAAAUAACAGGAAGACCAGCUGGGAAAGUGGGAAGCCCUCAUGGACCAAGUCUUCACCCACCCACCCUCCACCUCCCUCCCCCCUUACCACCACCUCCUCCUCCCCCAUCUGAGGGUCUUACCGCACCCCCUCACUCGUCCUCUUAUUCCCCUACCGACAGCCUGAAGCCUGAGCUGAUUUGUGGAGUUUGCCAUCGGCUUUUCAGCUCAGCCUCCUCCCUUACAGUCCACAUGCGGCUGCAUCGUGGCAGCCGCGCCCUCAGUUGCCGUUAUUGUGGCAAAGUCUUCAUCCAUAGCAAGAGACUGCAAUCCCAUGAGGCCUCCUGCAGGGUGCCAGGCCUACCCUCCAACAGCCUGGGCCCUCCUCCUCUCACUGUGCAGCCAAAGGAGGAGCCGCUGGAGGAGGGUGAGGUGAGAGUGGAGGGGGGGGUGAUUGUGGGAGAAACAGACAUCAGUAAGGCGCGGCCAGGGAAGAAAGCGCGGAGCCUCCUGGCACGUAUCCAAGGUGAUGAUGCAGCAGCCACAGACCUACUGGAGGGUGAUGAGAACCAUUUUGUGAAGGUGGUAGAUGGCAAUGUCAUUUACUUCUGCUCUGUGUGUGAGCGUUCCUACAUGACCCUAUCCAGCCUGAAGCGUCACUCUAAUGUACACUCGUGGCGCCGCAGAUAUCCAUGCCAUUACUGCGACAAGGUCUUUGCCCUGGCUGAGUACCGCACAAAGCAUGAGGUGUGGCACACCGGAGAGCGGCGUUACCAGUGCAUCUUCUGCUGGGAUGCCUUCGCCACCUACUACAAUCUCAAGACACACCAGAAGACCAUUCAUGGGAUUAAUCCCAGCCUCAUCUCCAGUGAAAAAACAGUUAAUGGUGGUUAUAAGCAGAAAGCGAAUGCCCUCAAGCUGUACCGCCUUCUCCCCAUGCGCUCCCAGAAGAGACCCUACAAGACCUACAGUGACAGUUUGCAUAAUGGCCUGCUACUGCCACCAACUGAAACACCUUCCCUCUCUCUGCCUGGCUUGGGCUGUUCUCUGGACCCUGGGGACCUACAAAGCCUCAUCAGUGGGGCCCACCCUCAGACUGUGAAGCCUGACCCAGAUGCCUUCCCAGAUGACUUCCCUGUUUCUGUGGCUGCUGAGCACCUCUCUGCACUAACAUCCCUCCCUCAAACAGAUAUGCCCCAAGUUAGAAAACAUGACAGUGAGGCCCCAGAGUUAGAGCAGGAGAGGGGCAGUUGCAGCUUCAAAAUGUCUAGUAGCAGCAAAACCAAAACUCCCAAGACUGGUAGGGGCACAGAAACAAGCAUGCCUUCUGUGAUAACAUAUGGCCAUACAAAACCCUCUGUCAUAGUUCAUGGAACAGCAGUAUCAUCCUCUGUCAUUGUGCAUAGCAACCAGGUCAACUCUGGAAGUGAAAAAAGCCCAAUAAACAGCCCAUCCCCUGAAACCAGCAGCAGUCAGACAUCACACAAGGGCAGUCCCAGGCCAGUCAAAAAACAAAGGGAUAGUGCAGAUAACCACAGAAAGAGGUCAAGAGACAGUUCACUUACCACAGAGGAGCGCUCAAGAGGUAGACAGGAUGCAGAGACAGGCAGAUUAUUUCACAAAUCACGGAAGUCCCACAGCAAGAGUGAUAUCUCUAACUCAAAGCAGCUGUCAGUGUCUGUAGGGUCACAGGUCAAAGAAGCAGGGCCACUGUGCCAGAUUACUGUACGUAUUGGUGAGGAAGCCAUAGUAAAGCGCAGCAUCUCUGAGACGGACCUUAGGAGAGACAAGAGUCUUUCUCCCCCAAAAACCAAACGGAGUGAAACAUCAUCUGUGCGGGAGGCCAAGGAACCACGUCACUCCCACUCCCACCAUCAUCACCAUAAACACCGCCUCCACCGCAGAGCCAGCCUGGAAGCAGAUUGUGAUAAGGAAGGAGGAGAUUGUGAGGAGGAGGUCAGGAAAAAGAACUCCAAAUCCCCUGAUGAAGUGAGGGAGUACUACUUCCGUCAGGAGGUGCGUGAGCAGGACAGUGACCAUGACACAGAGGAUAAUUUAUGGCGGCCUUACUACUCCUACAAGCCUAAGAGAAAGGCCCAAGCACACCUACAGAGGGUCAAGAGCUGGCAGAGGAAACUGAAGUUCAAGCGCUCCAUCCGUCUGAAGAGGAGAACAGAGAGGCUCAAGAACCAUGUGAAUAAAGAAACAGAUAAAGAAGAGGAUGGGAAGAUUGAGGAAGCCAAAAAACUCUCAAAAGCUAAAAGAGACAAGGUAGAGGGGAAAAAGAAAGACUAUGUCUCUGCCCCCUUAAAGGAGAAAAACAAAGAUACGGAAGAAAUUAAGGAGGCCCCCCAUGAAGUUUCCACUCCUCCUCUGCAUUCUCCAAAGCCUCCUCUGUCUACCUCCGCGGCUCCUAUGGGAAUAAAGAGGCGACCUUGGACUAAUGGGAAUGCAGCAGAGUGUGGUACAUGUGGCCGCUGGUUCUCAAGCCCCAGGAAGCGAGACAAACACGAGCUGAGCCAUCUGCUGGAGUUUGUAUGCCUCUUCUGCCGAGCCACUUUUCCCUCAAGGGAUAAGUUGGAAGAUCACCAGAGAGCCCAGCAUCCCAAGCCUACUGAGGCACCCUCUGUGCCCCCUAAAGUGGCACUUGGCGAACAAGUUGAAGGGGUGGGGGUUAAAGCUUUUCCAGAGAUUGCAAAGUUGGAUGAAGAAAAAGGGGGACAAGUAGGCUUAGUAGGGAGCAAUUCUAGUCCAAGUCGCCUAAGCAGAAGAGCAUUGUCACGACACACCUGUCCACAGUGCCAUAAGGUGUGCAAGACAUCUUCAGCACUAACUCGCCAUAUCAGACGCCACGAGUUAAGCAGUUCCCCAGAGAGAGAAAAGGAAGAUAAAGACCCAAAGCCAAAAACAACAGAGACAGUUGUUAACACUGUUAGCAGAGACCUAGAGACUGAAAAAGGACAGGUUCCCAGUGCUCUCUCUGUUUCAGUGAUCAGCUAUUCAACACCAGACCCGCCCAGCAGUGGUGACUGUUUGGCAUCACAGCAGCAUGAAGACCAUGUCUGUGAACUGACAGAUGAACAUCAGAUGUCAGAAUCCAGUGACAAACUUGAACUGGUUGAGCCCACACAUCCAGCUCCAGAGAGAGAGCCAAGCCCACAGAUUGCAGACCCUCCAUUAGAAAGCCCAGUUAACCUUACACCCACUAAACAUGAAUUCCCACCUGCCACACCCUCUACGCUCCAGAGUGUGCUAGUCAUGAAUGGACCUGAAUGUCUGGACUACCGCACCCCCAGCAAAAAGAACCUAGACAGCCACAUUCACAGAAUACCCAGCCCGGCGCACAUCGUGGCAUCCACCAACACCUCUUCAAUCGUGCCCAUGACAUCACAGACUAGAAUAACCACUGCUGCUCCUCCUGUUUCCAUGACAACAGCUCCCAGCUCCGAGGGGGGAUUCAUGAAACGGGAUGGGGUCAUUAUGGACAGAGAGAGGCUGGGUGGGAGUGGUAUAUUUCUACAUGCAGGCUAUGAGGAACCACCUCUGGUCCAAGAUCUCAGAGUUCAAUCCCUGUCCAGGAGUCCCUCUCCCACUGAAGCACAAGACCUGACCAUGUCCUCUAUUCUAGCUAGAGAGAGGGAGAUAGAGAGGCUAAGAGAGAAAGAGAGGGAGUUCGAGAGACAGAGGGUAAGGGAGAGGGACAAAGAAAUGUUGAAAGAGAGAGAAAAAGAGAUAGAGAGGGCGCAGCAAAUGAGUAGAGUUGUACACGCCCCAGAGGACCAGAUUUCUCUGUUGGUCCCCAAAGAAGAGCCCUUGAGCCCUGUGCCGUCCCCCCAGCAUAUCCCCACUCAAACCACUAUGAAUGGACCCUCCUCACGCAGGCACACUCCCAAGUCCCCCUGUCGGUCCCCCUCAGCUAUUGGACUCUUAGCUCAAGCCAACCGCCAGGUCCACUCCAGUUCACAAGGACUUGACAGGCUCCCACUGGCCACUGGAGCAGCUGGUGCCGGUGACCGCCCCUCUGCCCAUGCUUUGCUUCUCCCCCGAGCCCCUCAACCACCUGAGCCGGAGCACCAGGACACUGUUUCUUCCAGAGAUUCCCAGCCGGGGGACGCCACCCCACUGGGCUACCCUGCCCAGAACUAUCCCCUACCCCUUAUUGUGCCGGAAAGCUACAGCUCUGGUAAGAAGCAGGAGGAAAACCUGCUUAUGUCCUCCUAUCCCGCUGGAGCUUUUCCCUUUGGCCCACUGGGAAAAAUGAUGGUCCCUAAUGGCGGGGACCUGGCUAAGCUGCCAUUUUAUCCGGACCCUUACCAGCUGCUCUAUGGGCCCCAGCUGCUGGCCUACCCCUAUAACCUGGCGGCUCUUCCUGUGGCUCUGAAUAUGAUGGCACCUGGAGGGGACAAGGUGGAGCCUCUGCCUUUCCUACCCGCCAUCUUCAACUACGCAGCCACUGCUGGGCCUUACAUGGGCGCAGCCCCUCACCCUCUUGUGGCAAAUCCUGGCCUUUACAGCAACAGCGGCGGCAGCAGCAAGAAGCAACGAGACAGCAGCAGCAGCAAACCGUAGGACACAGAAGCACUAUAAGGAAUAUAUUUCAAUGGGGACGGCCUGGCCUGUUUAGGAUGGGAGCGGCAGGGGUGCGUGCUCACUGGGUCACUGAGUACACUCGCACAGUACCCCUGCCUCUCUUUUAUUCAGUAGAGAUCAGUGCUAGGCAUUAAAUCUGGAGUAGGUUGAAGGGAGGAGAAUGAGCAAAGAAACGGGGAGAGAGGCCGAUAUUAUAGUGACGUAUCAUUACUCCCCUCUCUUUACUCUUGCUCACCUUUCUCCGUGUCUCUCCUGUCUUGCUGUAGUGUGUCGUAGUUCUAGAGCUUGAUUAAUCUUCCUCUCUGACUCAUUAUAUUAUCUAUAAGAAUAAGAACUGCUAACAGGGUGUGUGUUGUGUGAAAAAUUAGUUCAGUAUGCUUCCCUUUAUAGUCACCGCAUAACGAGGAUAAACGCUCUUCAGGGAAGGCUUGUGUGGGCAAGGAUAAGGAAUGAGACUGAAGAGUCCUUACUCAACUCAGCUGGAGGUGGCGCAUUAAGCAACUCAAACCUUGCAUAUGUUUGUAUGAGCAAAUCAGAAUGCAGGUGUAUCCUGUUGUUAAACUGUCCAUGAAAGUUAUAUAUGAGCAUGUACAUGCACAUGUACGCAGGGAUUUGUGCAUGCAGAGGGGGGCUUAAGCAGGUAUUACUGCAUAUGUGUGAAAGUGAGUGUGUGUGUGUGUGUGUUUGUGAGUGAUGAAGUAUGUGCGUGAAUGACUAGAUCAUUCCAUGUGAGUCGCACACAGCAUUGCUACUCUAGUUGGAAUAGCUACUGUAGGUUAAUGUGUAGAAGUGCAUUUAGAAGUGAAUCCUCAUAUCCAAAUCACUAAGAAGUCAAUGCUAUGGCUGGACGCAAGUCUAUGACAAUGACAGAUCAUCUGAGCUUCUAAUGUCUCAACUAAACUGGCGACUUUUUGGCCGGAUGACACUGUAGGAUCUGUAUAGCAUUCACCAUAGUUUAUACCUUAUGUGCACAAAUUAGAGAAGUAGUGAUCACUUAAAGGGGACACUUGUAGCUGCUUUGGAUAUGUAGCUGGCCAAUGGGUAAGAAUUAAAGGCUGGUAGACCGUUGCACUUCCAUUUCUCAUCUCAUUUCCUUCACAUAAAAAAGGAAAAGAAUAAAAACCAGUCCACCUUCAUCUUGCGUAGCCUUUUCCUCUUUGAUUGGAAGAAAAGAAGGCUCCAGUUCCUAAGCCAGGAAGAAGACAGCGAUAGCAAGGAAGGAAAAAGAAAAAUGGAUUCAGGGUGUUGUUUCUGGAUAGGAAAAGAAAUAUGUGGGCACAAAACUGUGGGACUCUGAGUCAGAAGGCCCCACAGAAAUGACUUUGGGGACAAAAUACAUAGUCCGGCUUCCCAACUGAGGGGAGAUUGGAGAUAGCCUGAACUAUUUCCCCUCCUGCCCUGUGUCAUUUACUAAGAGGUAGAAAAAGGCUGAGCUUAGCAGCCAAAGUGGUGGCCGAAACUCCCCAGGUGGCCUGGGGCCUUUUUGUUAUGUGUAAUGUUAUCUCUAUAUGUUUGUUUUGUUAAACGAUGCUGUUGUUUAUGUUGUUUAGCCCUCUUACCAGAUGGACAUGGCUUCAGUAAAAAAGGGGGAGUAAACUUAAAAAUAUGAAUGUAAAUUUAGUCAUGAGGUUAAUGAAGUACAGCUGCAUUAAUUAUAGAGUUGGUUUCAGUUCCGUUUUGUUUUCUGUUUUGACACAAAUAACCUGUUAAAGAACCGUAUAACGUCUGGUAUGCAUAUAUACAGUAGUCCUAGGAACAUGUCAGUAAACUUGGGUUCUGUAUCCACAAAGCAUGAGCAACACUUGCUUCCUAACCGUUUAUAUCCUCAGCAAAUCUGGCAUCGUGCGCACAGCUUUUGUUUCUGUUCCCUUCUAUAUUUUCUGGCCUUUUCAUCUUCCAUAUCUCUGUUAAUAUAUAUGUAUUUUUUUUUACGCAUUAUAGACCGCAGUUUGGAAAUAUUCCACAAAACUAGCUGCCACAUUUACGUCUCACAGUCACUAUUUAGGAGCUGGAGUUGAAUUCUCCCUCCUCCCCCAAGCCUACACCCGCGCUCUGCACCUCCUCUGAAUGAAGUACGUGUGUGUGUGUGUGUGUGUGUGUGUGUGUGUGCGCGUGCGCGCGUGUGCGCAUGUGUUUGUGAUGGUACUGGGGCACCUUUUGGUUCAAACGGGAGUGUUAAAACACAUGUGACCAACUGCAGGGGCGCACAAGCCAUCCCCUUGGGUGUGGUUACAAGCCUUUUGCGUGCAGGCGUACGUGGUUUGUGUACGAGAGUGAGUGACUGUGUGAAGAAGAAAACCAAAAUACUGUAAAUCUGCCUGAGCAGCAUAUCCCUUGGCAGUAUAUGGGCCACCUGUUAUUUUUUUUUUGUUCUUUGACACUUUUCCUGUGGGUUAGUUUCAGUGUAAAAAAGCCUUGCUGUCUCCAAUUCACUAUCUCAAGCCAUUCCUGUAGAUGGACAUGUUUGUGUUUUUGGACCAUUUCUUAUGCCAUAGUUUGCCAUCACGGUUAUCAUACAGACCAAAAGCAUGCAAAUCGACGUAUUGUAGUGACUGGACUGGAAUCUGGUGGUAAUAUACAAAUAUUUACUGUAUGUUUUAGUUUAAAUGAAUGUGCCUCUGCUUUGAUAUUUAAAUAAUUAUCUAUAGUAAGAUGUGGAUCUGCCAGAUUUCAACUGAUAAGGUGCCUUGAUAUGGCAUAAGAAAUUUAAAUAGUAAAUGAACAUUUUCUUGAGAAAUGACAAUUUGGAGAUAGAUUUCAUGGCUUUAUUUGCUAUGAAGCUGUUCAUAGACGUAGGGGUGUGGCUAAACUGUUUUGGUAUCGUGUACAUGUCUAGGGUAAUACUGUGCCAUAUAGAGCCCACAAAAUAUGUUAAUGUUAUUUUUAAAAGAUGUUUUAAUGUUGCCUGAUGACUUUGUCUUUAGAUUUGAUACAAAGGCUUGUAGCCACAGCUCUCCCAAAGUCUGUAGUCUCCUUUUUCCGACAUUCUUCUUGUUCUCUCUCUCUCCCCUUGUUUCCGUCUCCCCUUCUUUCUCUUUGCUGCAAUCAAACAAAAUAAAGUAUUAACCUGAUGACCCAAUGAAA